CCAAAGUAAAGAGAGAUGAGGACUUUAGUGUAAGAAAGAAAGGAAUCCAGAGAAAACUAUCCUCGGUUUUUCCAGCUCGAUUCUCUACUUAAAUUUCUCAAUCUUUCGAGUUAGAAAUCUCGUCGAGAGCAAUGGCGUGGAACGUGUUCAAGUACUGCACAGCACUUCGCGCGUUGGGCUCGAUCAUGAUCCUAGUCGUAAUCGGGAUCAUCGGAUUCACAUACUACGCCCUCGUCGUCGCGAAUUACGGACCUUCUCUGUUCCUCGGUGGUUUCGAUUCACUACUUGCUCUUCUCGUCUUAGCGCUCUUUCACUUUCUGCUUAUAAUGUUAUUGUGGAGUUAUUUCUCUGUUGUUGUGACGGACCCUGGUGGUGUUCCACCGGGAUGGAGACCGGAGCUAGACAUAGAGAAAAGCGACGGAAACCAAGAGUACUCAUCACUUACGGUUGGAGAUUCCUCCUCUCAUAUUGUAAGAUACUGCCGGAAGUGCAAUCAAUAUAAACCCCCUCGUUCUCACCAUUGUUCUGUCUGUGGAAGAUGCAUUCUAAAGAUGGACCAUCACUGUGUUUGGGUUGUUAAUUGUGUUGGGGCAAAGAACUACAAGUCUUUUCUCCUUUUCUUGUUUUACACAUUUCUUGAGACAACGGUGGUUGCAAUAUCACUGUUUCCUGUUUUCCUCGUUUUCUUUACCGAUGGAGACAGUGAUGUCACCGUAUCACCAGGAAGCCUAGCAGCCACUUUUGUUGCAUUUGUAUUGAACAUAACAUUUGCGCUAAGUGUCCUAGGCUUCCUAAUCAUGCACAUAAUGUUGGUCAUCCGUAACACCACAACUAUUGAGGCGUAUGAGAAACAUACAGCUCCUAACUCUCCUUAUAACCUUGGUCGUAAGCAAAACUUUGAACAGGUUUUUGGAAAGGAUAAACUGUAUUGGUUCGUGCCAUUGUACACAGAAGACGAUAUGAAGAGGAUGCCAGCACUUCGAGGGUUAGACUUCACGAGCAGGUCCGAGGAGUCUGAGCCGCUUCAGUCUCUAUGACGCUAAGCUUCAAACUUUUGGAAAUGGGUUUCUGCUUUGUGUAUGUAUCAUUGAUAUGUCUUUGUGUAUUAAAGAUCAGUGCUUCUUUUAUGGAAUUUGAUUCUUUGUGUAAAAAAAAUACUCGAACUUUUUGCACUCCAUACAUAAUUGGGAUUCAUGCUCAUUUUAAAACGA